GUGAACUUGCCUGGCAGGUACAUGUCAGUAGUCGGUCCACUGGUAAUGGGGGAUUUACACUGAUCUGGUUUGUCUGUGGUCUUAAAGGGAGGCCUUGACUAAUGUGCGUCUGUCCUUCAGGCUUCUAGGACCUGGAGUCCAGGAGAAAAUGCAGGUACACCAACCCAUUCAUUAAUGAAACUGAUCCAUAGAGACCACUUCAGGAUGACUGACAUUGAAGACGAGCAGCAAAUAUUAAGGAUUCUUUCAUGGAACGUAAACGGUUUCCACCGCAAACGAAAUGAGGUUCUUCGUCAUUUAAGUCUGCUAAAUGCUGACGUAGUCUUUCUCCAAGAAACUCAUGUGGGUCCAGAUAGAAUCUACUCAACCGGGAGCAUCAAAAUCCAAGAUUUAGAAUGCGAUUACAACAUGGCGGCAUUUACCGUAUUUAAAGGAAGUUCCCGAGGGGUGGCCGUACUGUUCAAAAAGAACCUCGGAUGUGGUGGUUUCAAUGUCAGUGGCGACGGAAAGGGAAGAUUCAUAAUUGUCUCAUGUCAAAUUUGGGGGCGUGAUUUUGUAUUUAUCAAUGUGUAUAACUCAAAUGAUGAAAAAAUUCGGUUUACGGAGUUCUCACAAAUUGCGACCCACAUCCCGUCGUCGGCGUACCUGGUGGUCGGUGGGGAUUUCAACACAGUCAUGGACGCCGAACUUGAUAAAACAUCAAAUUUACGAAACCGAAGUCACCGAAAGUCUUUCGAUGCUCUGCAAAAAUUUUUGGAAACCUUAAGCUUAGUGGAUGUCUGGCGGUGUCUUUACCAGGAGGUAAAAAGCUUUACGUAUUUUGAUGGGAAAGGUCAGUCGAGACUAGACUACUACUUUUUGCAAAGUCACAAUUUAUCAAGCGUAACUGCUUGUAACAUUCACGAGAGACCAAUGUACUCGGAUAAAGAAGAGUACAUUUCUGAUCACGCCCCAUUGUCCAUUCAAAUUCAGACACGUGGACCAAAAUGGCAGUUUGAUUCUUGUCUUCUUGAAGAUAAGGCAUGCAUGGAACAACUCUCAAGCACAAUAAAGAAAAUUUCACAAAUAAAUACCAGAAAGAAAGAAUACCUGUGGCCAGGAGUGAAGGUCAGGCUUAUAUGUGAGGCAAUAGUUUUGCAAAGACGCCUAAAACCGUCAAGAUGUUCAGACACGACUGAAUUUCCUCGAGAGGUUGAACACGUGGAACAAGGAGGGUGUCCGAGUGAAUCAUCCAUUGAGGUUCUUCAAACACCAAAUACUUCAUCCGAGAGUCUUCUGAACUUCUUGAAUCAUUUACACCAAACUGAGAGAUUUGAUGACGUAAAAUCCAUCCUGAUUACCGUUCUAAACGAACCAGUUUCGAGAAAAGAGAUUCUGGUUGCCAUACUGUCCCUGCCUCAGUCUGAAAGUCUAGCAGCAGAUGGGCUUACAGUCCAUUUCUAUAAGCAUUAUGCUUGUGAAAUCACUGACCUCUUACAAGCAUUUUUCAAUCAAAUCCUCGACCUAAAGCCAAUUAAACGUGCGGUUGUCGAAUCGCUCAGCCAUGACAAAUACGAUCACACCUACAGCUAUGGUAUUCAAUAUCACUGCAGUCCGAUGACAAUGCGUAAUGUGGAUUAUAAAAUCCUGGCUUUGAUUCUGGCAGCGAGGUUGAAUGACGUUAUUAAACACAUUUUAAAUCCAGGCCAAAGCAAACAACACAGUUCAGUUCAGCACUGCAUCAGUGCUCAAAUCCCAGUGCUAAUUAUUUCAUUAAAACUAGAUCCAGGUGCACUGAAGUGGCCGUAUCUGUUUAAUAGCUUAAAGUCCGUGAAUCUACCUGACAGAUUUCGAUCCGUGUUGAAGCUGUUGUUGAUGACUGAUCACGGAUCACAAGGUCUGCGGGUGGGAUGUCCGCUGACUCCUUUACUAGUAAGCAUCUGCCUUCUUCCUCUGAUCAACUCCAUUAACUGCGAGAACAGGUUUUUGGGACCUAAAGUCCAAGGAGAAACCCUAAAGUCAGUCGUUGACAAAGACACAGCUCUUGUGAUUCUUUCUGAUUGUAAAGAGGGGUUGGAUAGUUUUGAAAAGAUGCUCAACGGUUUUAUUGAGACGUCAGGCUUUGUCAUAGAUGAACAAUACUCUGAGGUUUUCAUAGCAGGUCCUUCGGGCCUCAGUUUAAGCAAAGACAAAAUUACGUUUUUUAAGAGAACGGAUGAUGGAUUUUGUGGUGUUGCACAAGAGGAAAUGGUUGUUGAACCGUCAUAA